UUUUCGAAGCAUCCUUUUGGAGCUUAGAGAGGAGGCAUAGGAGAGAAAGAAAAGGGAAAGACAGGGAUUACAUCACUGGCUCAAGGUUAAUUUGAAGCAUCAAUCGUGGAAGGAAGACUGUAAGUAGUAAUGGGUUUAGAGGAAGAAGAGUCAAUUGAACAAGCAGCAGCAGCCCGUCGUGAGAGGCUUAAGGCUCUCAAAGCUGCUCAAGAAUUGCUAAAUACUCCUGAUGCUGAUUCUGCCAAGACCGCCGACGAUGAUGACGAUGAAGCUGCCGAAGAAUCUAAUCCCAGCAUGAAGUUCCGAAAUUAUGUUCCUCAAGACAAGGAGCUUCAGGAGGGUAAGCUUGCUCCACCAGUACUACCAAAGUUUGAAGAUCCUGUUGCAGCUGCACCUCCACCAUCAGAGAAGGAAGAGGAUCCGUUUCUCAACAUUGCUCCAAAGAAGCCAAACUGGGACCUGCGAAGAGAUGUGCAGAAUAAGCUUGAUAAGCUUGAAAGACGCACGCAAAAGGCAAUAUAUAAACUAAUGGAGGAACAGGAAAAAGAAAAGCAAUUGUCUGAGAAUGGUGGCAAUGGUGUUGUCGAAGAUUAGCAGGGGAGUUUUACCAAGAACAGGGUUGUAGUUCAUUUGGCCAGCCAAAGCUUCGUGAGAGAACUUUUUUACUUUUUCAGUAACGAAUCAAACAUUACAAAAUUGGGAAUAUUAGUAACACCGGAACGAUAUUCUAUGUAAUGCGCAGUAUGGCAACCUAGUUGUAUGUUUCUAAUGUCCGAGUAAACUUCCCAUGCCACAGGCUGUCUGUGGAUAACCGCCAAGCUUGUAGUUUCUGCUAAUUUUAGAUUUUUCUACUGUCA